CCAACUCCAGCAGAGCCAUAUGUGGGCGCCUCCUUAUGGUGUGAGUGAGCUUGGGAUCUGGGUGUGCCCCACUUUCUUCCCGGUCUUCUCCAUAACUUCUGUCCUAUGUUCUGGGGCCUUCUCCCUUUCCAUCCUCCCCCUUCUUGUCCUCUUCUCACUCGUGGAGUGGCUUUUGAUUGCUUUUCUUCUGCCCUAAGGAGUGUUUCCACUACCAUUACGCUUCAUCCCCGUCAGGCCCAGGGGAGUGUGUUGCUCCGAGCCCAUCCGCGGUGGAGGGGAGGGGGAGGGGUGGAGAAGGGACACCCACGCGCGCACUCAUAGGAAAAUGGCAGGGACCCGGCCAGGGCUGUCAGCUGCUGGAACCCGUGGCCAUAGCUAGCAGCCUGGGAUCCCUCCCCCAGCCCCAAAUCAGCCAAAGGACCCCCGCCUCCACGCCACCCGCGCCCGCGAUGAGCCAUCAGCGUUCUCCCAAAUCCAGCCAAACGCCGAGUCACUGCCACAACUACGCUUGGGGCCGAGUCCCUGAUUAUCAGUCCAGGUUCUCAUCCUUUCUUCCUCCCAACCCCACGCAGCUGCAGGUGCAAGUGAGGACGCCCCCACCAGUGAUUCCACGCGACACGCGGCUUGCUCUCCGGGAAAAAUGAGUGAACAGAGUAUUUGCCAAGCCCGGGCUUCCGUGAUGGUCUACGAUGACACCAGUAAGAAAUGGGUGCCAAUCAAACCAGGACAGCAGGGAUUCAGCCGGAUCAACAUCUACCACAAUAAUGCCAGCAAUACCUUCAGGGUCGUCGGAGUUAAGCUCCAAGACCAACAAGUCGUGAUCAAUUAUUCAAUUGUGAAAGGGCUGAAGUACAAUCAAGCUACGCCAACAUUUCACCAGUGGCGAGAUGCCCGGCAGGUCUAUGGCUUGAAUUUCGCCAGCAAGGAAGAAGCGACCACCUUCUCCAAUGCAAUGCUCUUUGCUCUGAACAUCAUGAAUUCCCAAGAUGGAGGCCCCCCCUCUCAGCGCCAGGUGCAGAAUGGCCCUUCUCCUGAUGAGAUGGAAGUCCAGAGAAGGCAAGUGAUGGAACAACAGCAACAGCGACAGGAGUCCUUGGAGAGAAGAACCUCAACUCCAGGUCCCAUCCUCCCCCCAGGACACCCUUCGUCCACAGCCACUGCCUCUAUACCUUCAGGGGGGCCGCCCCCGCCGCCCCCACCACCAGUGCCCCCUCCACUCACAGGGGCAGCUCCACCACCACCACCGCCACCACUGCCAAUCAGUGGAGUGCAAAGCGCCAUCCAUGACGAUGCUUCAGUAUCUGGACUUGCAGCAGCACUGGCAGGUGCAAAACUACGGAGAGUCCAGCGGCCAGAAGAUGGCUCGGGGGUUUCCAGUCCCAGUGGAACUUCCAAGUCAGAAGCCAACCGGACGAGCAGUGGUGGCGGUGGCGGAGGUCUCAUGGAGGAAAUGAACAAACUGCUGGCCAAGAGGAGAAAAGCAGCAUCCCAGACUGACAAGCCAGCAGAUAGAAAGGAAGAUGAAAGCCAAACCGAAGAAUCUAGCACCUCGCCUUCCCCAGGGACCCGAGGGGCUGGACAGCCACCAAAUGCCUCAGAUCCUGGGAAGAAGCCCUGGGAGAGAAGCAAUUCUGUGGAGAAGCCCGUAGCCUCAUUACUCUCCAGAACCCCGUCAUCGGCGAAGAGCCCUGAAGCUAAGAGUCCCAUUCAGUCACAGCCACACACUAGGAUGAAGCCUGCUGGUAGUGGCAAUGAAGGUGCUCUAGAUGCCUUAGAUUUUGACCGGAUGAAACAGGAAAUACUGGAAGAAGUGGUCAGGGAGCUACACAAAGUCAAAGAGGAAAUCAUUGAUGGUAAGGACCCCAGGCAGGUCCUACUGAAUAGAAAUUGGGCCUCAGCAAUCCGGCAGGAGCUGAGCCGGAUCAGCACGACAUAGUGAUGGGUCAGCCUCGAACUGGUCCCGGGGUUUCCAGCCUGGCCCAGGACUCUAGGAAGAUUGAAUCAUCUCAUGGGGCACCAAGAUGCUCCAAGGGCACUUCUCACCCCAUCCCCUAACCCCACCCCAUCCUCUCCUUCUUGGUCCAGAAUCCCUUUUUAUUAGCAGACUCAGCACACAGUGAAGCUUUGCUGUCUGAGAUUCACUUCAUUUAAAAAAAUCUUAACCUAAAGGGAAAAAAAAAAAAAUUUAAAAAAAAAAAAAAGGAUCUGAAAUUCCUGGAUUUUCUCAAGCCCACCUGACACUGCCCAUUCGGUUGUUUGUUGCCUUUUUUGUAUUUUGUAUUUGUUUAUCUACGUGUAGGACGUUUCUUUUUAGUGGUAGAGAGGACAGCAGGAACCAUUGGCUUCCUAAGAGACAGAAGGGCCCUGGGCCCAGCCAUCAGCAGCUGAGGAGCAUCUGCCAACAGUAAGGGGACAGUUGUCAUGAGUGGGGGCCCCACCUGGAAACACAAGGCAGAGGUGCUUGGGGCAUGGGAUGAGUGGGUGGAUUCCAGGGUCUCACAAUAUCCAAACGGUACGUCAGUGCGCCACAGUAUCUGUGUUCAUAUGGGUAAUAAACUGUUUCCUGUCCACCCAGA